CUUGUUUCGCAAGGCCUUACCGAGCAAGGUCAAACGUUGCAAUAGCUAACAACGGUCACAGCUUCGGGCCGGAACUUCAACUUUAUGGUUACCGGUCUCGCCGAAGCCUACGGCCGUGGCUCAGAAGAGCGCCCUUUGGGAAUGGAUACGCAAGCAAUAUUGACGCACUUCAUCUUGCAGGUACAUCGAUUGGUUCGGCAGUAUCAUCUGAGCAGUGAUGAAAGCGGUGUCUACAUCGAGCGGAGACGGAGGAACAAGCCACGUCCCAGCAAUCGGCGUCUCUGAUAACCCCAAACCAGGAAGGCUGCUCGUAGGAAGAGCCUGGACCUUGUCCGACUGUUAUAAGCCGUUGUGCUUCCUUCGCCACCUUCCAGAUGAAGCUUUGUACAGGCGCACGCCAGCAUCGCGCCGUGACACUGCGCGCCUUGCCUAUUGUACCUCAUCCGUGCGGUUCCACGGAGAUCUCAACGCCUUUGUGCGCACAUGCCCCGAGCCGUAAAGACUCUGUUC